AUGGAUACAUUUUCACAUGUUCCUCCAGGUUUUAGAUUCCACCCCACAGAUGAAGAACUUGUCGAUUACUACCUCAGAAAAAAGGUAGCUUCGAAAAGAAUUGAUCUAGAUGUCAUUAAAGAUGUUGAUCUUUACAAAAUCGAGCCAUGGGAUCUUCAAGCAGAGCUUUGUAAGAUAGGAACUGAGGAGCAAAGUGACUGGUAUUUCUUCAGCCAUAAAGAUAAGAAGUAUCCAACUGGGACUCGCACUAAUAGAGCUACAAAAGCUGGAUUCUGGAAAGCUACAGGCAGAGAUAAGGCUAUUUACUCUAGGCAUAGUUUGGUUGGCAUGAGAAAGACCUUGGUGUUUUAUAAAGGCCGAGCCCCAAAUGGACAAAAGUCAGAUUGGAUAAUGCACGAAAAUCAUAGCCGCAGAAGAAGAAGAUCAUUAUCGUACCAGAUAGUUGCCUCGUUCCUUGGUGUUUCGUCGGUGUUUGGCGCAUUCCUCGCAACUCUAGACAUUGUGGGUUUUAUUCACAAUAGGCAAUCAAGCUUAGAGAAGCAGCACUGUUGGGGCUUGAAGCCCACAUCUGGUAGACUUGUACUGACUACUGAGAAACCUAAUUUGGUAGCAAUUUGGCAACGAGGCCAUUCAUCUCUUCCUGAUGCUUGUUGCUUAAAGUAUUGGGGAUUGGAUUCGGGCAUAUCACAAGUACUUCAGGUAUCUGCUUGGGCGUGUGAUUGGUGGAACUGUUUACCCUGGAUUGACGUUGACGGCAGGCACCUUGUGGUGGAUACUGAAUUCUUUAAACAUUCCUCUAUCUGUAGAGACUGUGUAUUUACUGCUCCAACAUUCUCUGGUAUUGCUGCUUGGGCUACUUUCCUUUUGACGAAGGAAGUUAAAGGCACCGGUGCUGGACUGACUGCAGCAGCUCUUUUGGCCAUGGUUCCAUCCUAUAUAUCUCGCUCUGUGGCUGGCAGUUAUGACAAUGAAGCUGUUGCUAUAUUUGCUUUGAUCUUCACUUUUUAUCUCUAUAUAAAGGUCAGAUUUGAUAAGAGUUGUGUUAGGUGUCCCUACUGUGCUAUAUUUAGUACUAAAACUAAACUUUGUUAAUAUCUUUGUUACUGUACUAUAGGUUGAUCAUUUUUUAUGGAUCUUUAUUGAAAUUUUACUGAUGGAUUGUGAUUUGUAUAACGAACCAUUUCCUGACUAUGAUUACUCAUUAUCUGCGGACACUGAACACU